AUGACUCUGAUCCUCCUCUGUCCCGUUUCAGAAGAGCCCUGGCCGCUCCCUCCGUACCUCUGCCCCGCCUGGCUGUUCCUGGACGUCCUCUUUUCCACGGCCUCCAUCAUGCACCUCUGCGCCAUCUCCCUGGACCGCUACGUCGCCAUCAAAAAGCCCAUCCAGGCCAGCCAGUACAACUCGCGGGCAACCACCCUGAUCAAAAUAGCCGUGGUGUGGCUCAUCUCCAUAGGCAUCGCGAUUCCAAUCCCGAUUCGCGGGAUAGAAGACAAUGGUGCCAACUUUCGGAACUUCACCUGCGUGCUGAAGCCCAACCGUUUCGGCGACUUCAUCCUGUACGGCUCGAUAGCCGCCUUCUUCGUCCCGCUGGCCAUUAUGGUGGUGAGUUACUUCCUGACCAUCCGGGUCCUGCACCGGAAGGCUCACUUGGUCAACAAGCAGCCUCAACGCCUGACUUGGAACACCAUCUCCACCGUUUUCCAGCGGGAGAUGACAGACGGAUCCUCGCCGGAAAAAAUGGCCAUGCUGGAGGGUUCCCACAAGGACAGAACUCUGCCGAACGGGAACGGAGAGAUGCUGAUACGCAGGAUGUCCACAGUCGGGAAAAAGUCAGUGCAGUCUAUCACCAACGAACAGCGGGCUUCCAAGGUGCUGGGGAUUGUGUUCUUCCUUUUUCUGGUGAUGUGGUGCCCUUUUUUCAUCACCAACAUCACCUCCGUCCUGUGCAAAUCCUGCAGUGAGGAGUUCAUCCAGAUGCUGAUGGAGAUCUUCGUCUGGAUCGGCUACGUCUCCUCGGGGGUGAAUCCGCUGGUCUACACCCUUUUCAAUAAGACCUUCCGGGAAGCCUUCGGCAGGUACAUCACCUGCAAUUACCAGACUACGGUGUCUGGCACGGCCUCCCGGAGACCCUCUGCCAGGCUCUCGUUCCGAAACUCGGUGACCGAGAACUCCAAGCUUUUUAUGAUGCACCAUGGAAGGCGGAACGGGAUCAAUCCGGUCGGCUACCCAAACCACCGGCUUUGCAGCUCGCCCAUCCAGUCGGCGUCGGCCGUUCUGCUGGACACGUUGCUCCUCACUGAGCACGAAGCGGACAAAACAGAAGAACAAGCCAGCUACGUGUAGCCCGGCGGUGGGAAAUGCACCCUGUGCGCGCGCACGCAAAGCCCAUCGGGAAACGGCAGUAUGUGUAUAUAUAUGGUUUUCAUCCAUUAUUUAUAUGAUCCCUAACUGCAGUUUUAAGAACUGGUCUCCUCCUGCCCCAAGACCGCCUCCGUUUACUCCA